AUGGUUCUAUUCGCGUCAUUUACAAAAAAAGAUGAACCACGACCUCAUCUGGGUGCCUGGGAGGACCCUCUGACAACACUGUCAGCCUCGGUUCGAGCCUCCACCGGGCGGCGGCGUAAAGGGCCCACCGGUGGUGGCAGAACCCACACCUCAGAGGACAGCUGGGGAUCUAACUCUGAUCAUGAACUUUCUACUGACGAUGAAAGCGAUCGCAGUGCUGCUUCAACAACAAGUCGCGGUCAACUGCGAUCGACUUUGAAUAAAGCUCGCACUCUGUGGCGCUCUUCCGGAGGUUCAUCGGGCUCAUCUUCUAUGAACGGAUCUUUGAAUUCUCCUGGAAUGGCUCAACCCGGUGCAGAUCCUGCUCAUCCUGGCGAUGGCUCGCCUGGAGGGCGCUUAUCGCGAUGGUUUUCAAUGAGAAGAGGUUCUUCGCAUCAAUAUGAUUUAGGAGGCACUACAACAUCCAACAACGCGCAAAUUACAGCCGCUGCAUUAGCUGCAGCUGUUGCAGCAACUAAUAAUAAUCACAAUGUUGUCGAUGGCUCAUCUAAGAUGCCUCAACUAACGGAGAUGGACGAAGACAGUGUACCUGUAACAAAUACAGCUUUGCGAGGCAAAGGUUCUUUCUAUGGAAGAUCGCCGUCCACCACGUCGGGCAGUAGCGGUGUGAACAACGCGAAUCGCAGUGGAUCUUUACCACCUAACAGUGAGUUGACGUCGACGGCUUUGCAACAGCAAAUUCCGCUGCGAAGAACCGCUCCGCCAACAUUGCCACCGCCGCCGCCGGGUCUCACAGAAUUACAACGAAAGCGACGGCUAAUAGUUCAGUCAAUAGUCCAUAGCGAGAAUUCAUAUGUUGCUACUCUUCAGCGCCUUGUUAACGACUAUAAAAAACCGCUGGAAGAAAGCAACCCCCCUAUACUGAAUUCAGCGAAGAUUUCUACAUUAUUCCUAUGUCUGCCUGAAAUCCUACAGUGCCAUUCGAUGUUUAGAUUAGCGUUAGCGGAGCGUGUUCGUGCCUGGGAUCGUGAUGAGCGAUUAGGCGAUGUGUUUUUUAGUACAUUUUCCAAAAGUACAGUUUUGGAAAUCUAUAGUGGCUUUAUUAAUAAUUUCUCUGUGGCGAUGGAACUCGCCAAAAUGGAAUCUAAAAGAAAGUCAGCUUUGGCAGACUUUUUUAAAGUAAAGCAAAUGACGGCACACGACAGGCUGUCAUUCUUCGGUCUUAUGGUGAAACCAGUGCAGAGAUUCCCGCAAUUCAUCAUGUUUUUGCAGGAUUUAUUGAAAGAUACUCCUCAGGGUCAUCAUGACCGCAUGAGUUUGCAAUUGGCUUUGACGCAGCUCGAAUCUUUAGCGGAAAUGCUUAACGAACGUAAACGCGAAGCAGAGCAAAGCCAAGCGUUCUGCGAAACGCUGGCUCGUAUUGGAGGCGUACUCAACGCUCGCUCUCUCAGCGAUGGAAAUCGGUAUCUUAUCCGAGAAGAUGAUGUUACACAAUUGGAGUAUAAUCAAAAUGGAAUGAUAACAAAAUCUAAGCCUCGACGAUUACUAUUAUUGAAUGAUAGAGUUGUGUGUGUCAGCGUAACUCCUCGCCAUUCAUCUGAUUUUGGUGCCGUGGAGAAGCUAACUUUCAAGUGGACGCAUCCAGCGGCGGAUGUAGAAAUUCAAGACUCGGGCGCUAGUCCCACGUUAAGCCGGAUACUCACUGCCGGGCUAAACAGGGGCGGAUCGCUAAAGUCAACCAACGGUACAGAUGGCGGCGGGGCGGAUUCUUUGUGUGGAGAAAUGAACGCUCUCAUGCACGAUUAUGAAGCGAUAUCUCGCAUAGCAACCAUUGUAAAUACUCUGAAAGGAAACUAUCCUGAUUUACAACCUGACACUACGAAACGUAUUCUUCAAACUAUUCAGUCUUCCAUACAGCGAAAAGAUGAGGAAAUGGCAUGGCUAGAUUCAUGCUGCCUACAGUUGAUUGCCAGGGCUCCGCGUGGCGGAAAAGAAGAGACAUACACAUUUCAGACUGCAGGUCCGGCUGUGCGUCGAGAUUGGCUGACUGAACUACGACUGGCCCAACUCGCUCUCGACCCAAACAAUUCUCCUGCCUGGUUGACAAGCGACGCAUCGCCUGCCCGACGUCCUGCUACCAGAUUGCCACUAUUUGUUAGAUCUCACUGCGUCUAUCGUUCACAACAUAAAGCUGAAGUUAAAUGCGGUUGUUACUACAAUGCUCCUACUAAUACAGGUAUAAUUUUCGUAAGAAGGACGCGCUCUCGCGGUGCUGUAUCCGGCUAUGUAUGGCUGUGCACAAGUGAUGGUGCUAGUAGCCAUUUAUCAGUUUUGUCUGUGUCUCAACGUGGUGGCGGUGCCAGUAGCGGUGCAACACCAAACGCUGGAACAUUGCGGGAUUGUGCUUCGCACCAUUUGGUCGAAACCCGCGUAACUGCUUUAGAACAUGCUCGCGGCCCGCCAGACGCUGUGUGGCUCGGUACAGACGCUAGAAAAAUUAUGAUUUAUGCGGCUAACGAUCCGGACAAAGCCGAUCCUGUAUAUCAGACAAACGUUCAAGCACCAAUUACGCGUCUUAAGUAUCAUUGCGACUCGACGUUCGUGGGCUUAGCUGAUGGGAAUGUACUUGUUUACAGACGUUCUGGCAAUGACAAAAGUUGGUGGCCUCUACGAGAGCCGCAAAUUGUAAAUAUGGGUUCAGAACCAAUCACAUCACUAUUACCAACAACUGAUGCAGGAUUGUUUGUGUCCUGUGGCAGGAAGGUAAUGUUACUUAAUGCACAUUCUGGCGAGAUUUUACGAAGUUUUAAUAUAACUCGUCAAGAUAAUAGUUCUCAGACUGUAAGUCAUUUAGCUCUCUCUGGAAUUGGAUUGUGGGUAGCUCUCAGAGAUUCAAGCAUUCUUUGUUUGUAUCAUUGUGAAACAUUCAGGCAUUUGCAGGAUAUUGAUAUCGCAAAUGAUGCGGCCCGUGUUGCACAGAAUACUACAAACCGAGAGUUGCAUGGAAAUGCCCAAAUAACAGUUACAGCACUUAUGGCAUGCAAAGGACUUCUUUGGGUUGGUACAAGCACUGGAGCUUGCCUUACCGUACCUUUACCUAGAUUAGAAGGUGUUCCUAUUAUCGGACGAUUUGAUGUAUCUUAUCAUGUGCACAGUGGACCAGUUACUUUUCUUUUACCGCUUUAUUGUCCGAAAAACUAUGAUAUGGGUACGCUUAGAAGGAAAGAAGUUGAGGCAUUUGAUGACAAUACCAAUAACUCAUUAGCACAACAACACAAAAGUGAAACUAAAAAUAUGAAUGAUAAUGCUGCUUCGGUAAGCGUGAAAUUACGUCAAAAUUUAGCCAACAGUCCUGUAGUUUUACGUCGCCGGCGAUCAAAGGAUGGUGGUGGCGAUGUUGCUUCUCGUGGUUCGAAGACUCUUCCGCGCAGUCUCGGUUCGUUCAGCGCCGCUAGUACAACAUCUUCUCAAGGCUCUGGAGACACCUGCGAUGUAUAUGGACUAUAUGGGGACUUAAUGUAUAUUAAGGACUAUGAAGAAACAGUAACUUCCUUCGAAAGUCCUUUACGACGCAGCGACCCCGAAUUAGCAGCAAUCCCUGGCAAAGUGAGCACAUUGGACAGGCGCCUACGUUGGAAAUGUGGUCGGCCGCGCUCACUGGACUUAUCCAACUGGUCUCCUGAUGAUUCUCGAAGUUCCUCUGGUCUCUGUACUACUUCUUCAGGAAGUGAGGAGUCGGUAGCUGCUUCUAGGCGUGGUGUUUCACGUAAUAAUAGCGCAGCAUCUGAAAGAUUGACGCCAGAUAUUACUUCAAAUUCAGUAUUACCACCAAGCAGUCAAUUGACUCCUGCAACAUCUAAUGCAAAUACCACUAUUAAAAUUUCUAAUAAACGCGGAAUAACAGUGAACGCUCAGGAUUCAAAGCGUACAAUAAUAACUAUAAGUGGCGGUAGAGGUUAUUUUAAUUGGCGUCCUCAGAGUUGUAUUUCAGCAAAUGAAAAGCAAAAACAAUCUGGACAACAAUCAGGCAAGGUGGUUCCUAAUACAAAUGAUGCACACAUUAUUAUGUGGGAAAAAAAACUGUGAUGUGGUAUUAAUUUUAGAUUUUACAAAUAUAUUUAUAUUUGUCAGAACAUAAAUUAUUGUUAUUGCAAAUUUUGUUAUUGACACACUGUUUAUACUAAAUAUAUAAUUUUAGAUAUGUUAG